CAUAUGUCAGGUUUGAAAUACCAACCUGAAGCUCAAGUCUUUCCAACAAAAAGAUUGUAAAGAAAUUAGUUUCAUUCUUUUCUUUGGAAAAACUAAGAAAAUAUAUUAUAACUCAGUGAUAUUACGCAUAAUGAAUUUGUAAGUUACAAAAUAUUUUAAAGAGUAGGUCUUGGAAGAAACACAAUUUUUUUGAAAAUCGAUCGUUGAGAAAAUCAAAAUAAUGGAGGCCCUUAUUCCAGUAAUAAAUAAAUUGCAAGACGUUUUCAAUACCGUAGGUUCAGACGCUAUCCAUUUACCACAAAUAGUAGUUUUAGGAUCUCAGAGUUCCGGAAAAAGCUCUGUUAUAGAGAGCUUAGUAGGAAAAUCGUUUUUACCUAGAGGCACAGGAAUAGUGACUCGAAGACCGCUUAUUCUUCAAUUAGUUUAUUGUCCCAAAGAGGAUAGGGAGCAUCGAAAUGCAAUUGAUGGCACAAUUGAAGUCGAGGACUGGGGUGUUUUUCUUCAUUGCAAAGAUAAAGUAUUCAGAAGUUUCGAAGAAAUUAGAAAUGAAAUUGAGGCUGAAACUAGCCGAAUGGCUGGAAGCAACAAAGGCAUAUGUGCAGAACCUAUUAACUUAAAAAUAUACUCUACAAAAGUAGUUAAUUUGACUUUGGUAGAUUUACCAGGUAUAACAAAGGUUCCUGUAGGUGAUCAACCUCCAGAUAUAGAACAACAAAUUAGGGAAUUAGUUUUAAAGUAUACCUCUAAUCCAAAUUCAAUCAUUCUUGCUGUGGUUACAGCUAAUACUGACAUGGCUACUUCAGAAAGUUUAGCUAUAGCUAAAGAUGUAGACCCUGACGGAAGAAGAACGUUAGCAGUAGUUACCAAAUUAGACUUGAUGGAUGCAGGAACUGACGCAAUUGACAUCCUUUGCGGUAGAGUUAUACCUGUCAAAUUGGGCAUCAUCGGUGUUGUCAAUAGGUCACAACAGGACAUUUUAAAUAACAAGAAUAUCAAAGAUUCAUUGAGAGAUGAAACUUCUUUUCUGCAGAGUAAAUAUCCCACAUUAGCAGCAAGAAAUGGAACGCCAUAUUUAGCUAAAACACUCAAUAGGCUGUUAAUGCAUCAUAUAAGAGACUGUUUACCGGAUUUAAAGACUCGCGUAAAUCUAAUGAUGUCACAAUACCAUUCUCUACUCAGUUCCUACGGUGAAGAUAUUUCAGAUAAAAGUAAAACGUUACUGCAAAUUAUCACCAAAUUCGCUUCUGCGUAUUGUUCAACCAUUGAAGGUACGUCGAGGAAUAUCGAGACGACAGAAUUGUGUGGCGGUGCCAGAAUUUGUUACAUUUUCCACGAAACUUUUGGUAGAACUCUGGAUUCGAUCCAUCCAUUGGCCGGAUUGACCAAAAUGGAUAUUUUAACGGCAAUAAGAAACGCUAAUGGGCCGCGACCAGCGCUCUUUGUUCCUGAAGUUUCCUUUGAAUUGUUGGUAAAAAGACAGAUUAGAAGACUAGAAGAACCUUCUUUACGUUGUGUCGAAUUAAUUCAUGAAGAAAUGCAAAGAAUAAUUCAGCACUGCGGUAACGAAGUUCAACAAGAAAUGCUCCGGUUCCCGAAACUAUAUGAAAAAAUAGUCGACGUAGUCACUCAACUGCUACGUCGCAGGUUACCAACAACCAAUUGUAUGGUGGAAAAUCUCGUUGCCAUAGAAUUAGCUUACAUCAACACCAAACAUCCGGACUUUUACAAAGAUAUCCAAAUGGUUCCUACUGUUAUCAAGUCGGCUGGAGAAAGUACCAGUAGACCUCCAGCGAUUCGUCCUAAAAGCAUGUUUGGGAGGUACCAAGUCGAUUCUCAAGAUUUGGUAAGUAAGUCCCGUUCUUCAAAUAAUCAACAAUUAAACGAUGACGGCUCUUCAUGGGCCAAUCAAAACUCAAACGGCAAAGACAUCGAUUUAAACCAUGUAAAUAAUGUACCAGACAACGUCAAGGCCGAGGCGGAAGUAAGGAACAUUUUGAGCCCGCAGAAACCUGUCAACCUUUUACCGCAAGUUCCAGUGAACAGCAGUGGUUUUAGAAAAUUAUCCGAAAAUGAAGAACAUGACUGUGAAAUAAUUGAACGAUUGAUCAACUCGUACUUCUACAUAGUAAGAAAGUCUAUUCAAGACACAGUACCCAAAGCCGUUAUGCACUUCUUAGUUAAUUUCGUUAAAGACAAUUUACAAUCUGAACUUGUAACGCACCUGUACAAAGCUGACAACGCAGAUCAGCUGCUUGAUGAGUCUGAACACAUUGCGCAAAGACGUCGCGAAGCUGGUGACAUGCUGAAGGCCCUUCAAAGAGCUUCUCAUAUCAUCAGCGAAAUCCGAGAAACUCACAUGUGGUAAAAACACCUCCAAAACCGAGACACUAGUAAUUUUAAGCAACAACCAUAGUUUAAAAGUGAAGUGUCAUGUGACUAGUCAUGAAUUUCAUAUUACAUUCAUUUAGAACAUCAUUGGUGUUUUUAAAAAUUGAAGUGACAGUAUUUAAUGUUCAGUGAUAAUGAGCAUACAAUUUUUAAUUAUUAUCAUGAAUACCGUUUAUUUUUUUAAAUACCAAUGAUAUGCAAAAUACAUUAAAUCAUUGUUGUGGAAGUGCCCAGGGAAUAUGUUACUUAAAAUAAUAGUAUCUUUUAAUAUGUCUAGUGAUUUUCACUGUUAUUCAUGUAUUGCACAUGCGCCAUUUUAUUGUUGACAUUUAGAUUUUUAACAUUUCGUUGGGUUUUACAACCAUUUAAACAGUUGAGUAUUGAAAAAUUUUGUACUGUGAAAUUGAGAACUGUAUGUAGUAAAAGCAGUAUGUAUAAUUAUAUACAAUUACUUAAUAAUUACGAUGCUUUUGAGCAAAACAUAUGGCUACUAUUUCAAUAUAUAUUUUUUUUUAAUUAAAUUCCUGAAAUACAUGAUCAGACAUAUCGUGCGUGCGGAAGAAGACCAUAACAAUUAAAAAAAUGUACUUUUUCAGGAGAGCAAAUAAAGAUUUUUUUUCCCCAAUAAAUUAUUUUUUUCUGAAACAUUUACUGAGGUGUAACUUUCAAUGUUUUUUAAAUAUAUGACGCUUACGAGUAUGUUUUAGAUGACAUAAUUCUAAUUUCUUCCUCAUUGGUAUUUUUGUAAAAAAAAAAAUAAAUGUAUCUUUCUUGAAGAUAAUUUUUUUCUAAUUAAGUAAAUGUAACUAAAAUAGAAUAAUGCCUCCAAUUUUCUAAAAACUGGUCAAUAAAAAGAAAAAAAUUAUUUUAUAGUAAAUGUCAUAGUUUUUAUUAAUUAACAGGUAUAUAGUAUUUGAAACAUCGAAAUAAGUCAGAAAAUGUAACUUACAACUAUUUUCCACAGAAAAUAAAAUCAAUUGUGUUUUUUAAAACGUUUUAUUAAUGUAAUGAAAAGUAUAAAAAAAAAUUUAGGUAACUUUAGAAAAAGAUCGCAAAACAUUAGCUUGAUAAUCCUAACAUAUUAUUAUAUUAAUAAUUAAAUUAAAAUCAGCCAACAGGAGCAUAUAGAACACACAUUCACAUGAAAAUAGCAGAGUAAAAUGCAAACAAAACUGAAAAAUAUUCUAUUAAAGACAAAAAACAUUACAAAACAAAGAAAUAUAAAAAUAUGAACAUUGCCUAAUUUUACAAAUUCUUUAAAAAAUCUAAAUAAUAUAGAGGUACGCAUUUUUUUUUCUCGAUUAAUUCUAACAACCCUUUUCUUUUUGUCUCAGAAAUACCAGGUUUUGUAGAAAAAGUUUUAUUUAAUGUUAUGUUGCCAAAAUUAAUCUGUUUUCUUUCACUUAUUAUUUCAGCUUCCAUAUAACUACUUCAUUAUAGUAGUAUUUGUAAAAUAAAACGUUGGACAUACAAGUCUGUGGCAAGUUUUUUUUAUGUCGAGUAUAUCUUGAAAACACAUUUCGUACAUAGAUUGGGUUGGUUUUUUUAUAUUUUGAAAUCUCAGACUCUUUUCGGGCAUGAACACUAUCGCCCUCAUUUUGGCUAUGACCCUUGAUAAAAAACUUAUGUGUAAUUGAAUUGAUUUUUAAUGUAUUUACUGCAUAGAUAUAAAGAGCAUGAAUAAAUUUAUUUUUAUUCUGCCCAGAACAAUUUUCUGAGUAGAAAAUAAUAUCUAGACUUUCUGCAGGAUUUUCUUGUAAAAGAUCUUUUAAAUAUUUCAAAAUACAAGUUCCUAUUUCAUUGGAACCUCUUAAUAAUCCCUCACCUUCGUGCCUUAAAUACAUUUAGUUUGGAAACGUUGGACAAGGCAGCACUUGUUCAAGGUCAUACACCAACACUUUAGUAUUACCCUCCAUGUUUUUAUGUUCCUCUUUUUCCAUUCUGCUAAGUUCUUUUUCCAUAAUGUGUAGGUUAACCGCUCUUCUAUUUUUUUCUUUUCUUCCUCUGAUGCAUUUUUGUAUUGAAGGCACAAUUCGCAUUGGUCCUUUUUGGGUAAAUGAAAUAUUGUGUUCUUCAUUAAAGAUUUUACUAUAUAAUUGGUAAUUUGCAUAGUCGUGAUUUUCUUUGCUGAGUUCUAGGUAAUCUAUGUAAAGGUCAGUUAAAGUUUUUCCUCCUUCUAUAUACUCUCUUGUUGUCCGGGAUCGACAGUAGUGACUCUCUAUUCUAGGUAAAGAGCUAAUAUAUUUACUGAUUCUAUUUUUUAUUUCUUCGUUUACUUUUUUUAUGGUUUUUGUGCAUUCCCCUUUUGUCCAUCUCGAUGAUUUUUUUGUUUUUGGACUAUUGUCUGAGAUACUCUAUUAUUUGUAGCAAGAGAUGCCAUGAAAAACUUUUUACAAACCUGUACUUUCGUUCCGGAUAUAAUAAAAUGGAAUGCAUUGUUAGGAUUUCUAGGCUGUUCAACAUUGCUAUAUUUAUAUUUUGGAUUAAUGGAUGUCAUGUUAGAAGCUAUGUAUUCUCUUUGUUUUUCAAAGUUUCCAAAACUGUAGUACUCACUAAAUAUCUGUUGACGUUUUUCAUCUGAAAUUUUGGCAAAACAUUUAAGACGGCAUUUCUCAUCGCAAGGCGGCAUAAUAUAUUUUUUUUUUGGCGUUCUUUUAGUACUUUAGUUUUUGUUCCAUCUUCUUUCUUUCGUACUUGUAAGGAAACAUUAGCUUCUCCUUUAUUCCUCAGUUUUUGCUAGUUUUUUUUGCCAUUCUUCCGCAUUCUUCCUUUUUCUUUUGCCUUUUUUCUCUAUUUUACUGUGAUAAAUUACUUUUCUUCUCUUCUUUUGUUGAUCGUUCUCGUUAUGAGUUUUCUCCUCUAUUAAUUCUUCUGUUGUGUCUGAAGAAUUUGAAUCAUUUUUGUAUAAUGGAUCCUGUAUACUAUACUAUCAUCUGAUCUGUACGGAUCCUCUUCUUCGUCAGACGAUGAUGACAAAUCAGAUGAAGACGAUGUUGAACUUUUGGAAGAGGACGAUGAUGAUGCCAAUGAUGGAUUUCUAAAAUGUAAAUUAAAAAAUCAGCAAGUGAUUACACUGUUUUGAAUAAUUAUUAUUACCUUGAAAAGAAGCAGUCGAAUGUUGAUUGGUGUAGCAGUGUUAAACGUCAGUUAUGUUUUGGGAGGGACCAGUAUGUAGAUUGUCAUUUUGUAGUUGUGUUUGUGUAUCCACGGAUGGAAGAUUUUCCUUUUCUAUAGAUUAUGGUAUAAUAAGUAAUAUACAUCACUAUAAUUAAUUUACCUAAUUACCUUGAAAGUCAGCUGGUUGAUUAUCUUUAUUGUUAUGUGAAAUUAUAUUUAGGAAAGUAAUUGGUAGAUUAUCUUCAUUGUCCUGUGAAGUUAUGUUUAAGGAAUUAGUCUCACCAAUUAUUUGAGAGCGAACCGUCAGAUUUUUUUCAUGUCUUGCUUGUGAAGUGAAAAUUAUAUUAGUUAAAUCGGAUAGGGUGUGGGAUGGCCCUAUAGCUUCUCUUUUUGCGACUAAACUACUAUUUGAGGAAGUGUUGUCAUCUUUAUUGUCAUCAAUGGUAUUUAACAUUUUUAAAAUCCGCUUUCUUCGAUUUAUAUAUUUUCAGACAUUUUUAUCUAUAAACAAAAAUAUUCGUAUUAUACAUUCGUCUACUAAUAUCGCUACAAGAUUAAAAAUAUUUAAAAGAAAUUUAGAAGCAAAAAAAUGCAAAAAAAAAAUCAUUUUACUACCCAUUUUAAAUGAAUAAUAAAUAAAUAUGGAGCUAUUCUAUAUUUUAUUAAAAAAAGCAAUGCAUUUUAAGAUGACACCAAAAACCUAUUAUACCUAUUAUGCAAGACUAUUUCAAUUUAAAAUAAUAUUUUUUUUCUCACAAAAAAAUAUAAAAUAUAAAAAAGAGUCUUAAAAAAAAACGUUAUAUUUUGAAAUAAAACACAAUUGAAUUAAAAAUUAUGUGGAAAAGCGUUACAAUUUAAAAUGUUGCUCUAUUCUUCAUAAUUUAACAAACUUAAUUUCAUUUUAAAUUUAGGUAAGAAAGCUACAUUUUGAAAUAUAACCUUCAUUAAGGAAAAAUAUCUGAAAUGUUCUCUUACUUGAGAAACACUGGUGUUAUAAAUUAAAAUGUAACGCUUUUUGUGAACACGCACGACACUUUCUUAAGCAAGACUGGUAACAAACUGAAUCGUAGCCAGUGUUGCCAGAGCACUCUGAAGGAAUGUAAUAGAUGAACUCUCAAAAUUGUAAUAAAUUUCAAGAAAAUGUAAUAGAAAUUAUAGUCAACCUAAAAUGAACUAUACAUAAAAAAUAGAUUCAAUUUAUUGAUAUUGAUAAUUAAUGUUUUAUGUUUUUAAUAACCUAUGUAUUGAUAAGAACAACGACAGUCUUUUAAUUAUUGUCAUAAUGCAGCACGAGGAUAUUUUUGUUCCACAUUCUUAUAAUUUUAGUUUUGUUGCAACAGCAGACUCGUUCUGAAUUUAUCGGCGCAUGAGUAGUACAUAUAGUACGAUUUAACUGUUCUACUCUUCGUACUACUCAUACGCAGAUAAAUUAAGAACGGUUCUAUACUGGGGUUGAAACAAACCUUUUAUUAAGAAAAUAAAGGAAAAAUAAAUUCGGCCUCCAAUGCAAGGUCCAAUGAUAUAAGAAACUUUUUAAGCGCUUUGGGCAUGCUCAAGAAAAUAUGUUUGGGAUAAACCUAAUCAAAGAAACAUGUUUGGGAUGGGAUUAGUUGUAUAAAAUAAUAAACAAUAUAUUAGGAACAUAAAAUAAAGACACGGUGGUUAGGUUCAUGUUAGGUUCAAGUUCAUCAAUUGUUCGAGGCUCGUGAAAAUAUAAUAGAUUUAUUGAACAUGUAAUAAUGUAAUAAACCCUUCAUAAAUGUAAUAGAUUUGUUACAAUUGUUACAAACUGACAACACUGAUCGUUGCAACAGUCUAGAUCGGCACCGUGCCGAGGCGUGGUAAAUCGCAUGUAACAUCUCGCCAUCUUUUAGGGAGUUGUUGUAUUAGACUUGUAACUUUUUUCUACAUUAUAGUAGAUACCUUCUUUCUUGAGUCAUUUACUGCAACAAUCUCAAAAAUCAAAAUAUUUUGAGUUGUAACGGUCUUCUUCAGUAGGCACGAUGUGUGUAUUUAGGGGAGAAUGUUGCACCUUGGGACAUAUUGUCACCCAGAUGCCAAAACCACGAAUGGGCAUUUUAUAAAUUUUAUAGGGGAGCAAAUUAAAAAAUAGUGUUUCAUUCUUAAUCAGUUUUUUAUGAGAAAAAACAAUUCGUGUUAUAAAAAUAUCAUUUUAUUUUAAAAAAAAUUAACUGAUAUUGUAGAAAAAACUAAAAAUCUUAUUACUAUUCAUAGUCGGACUGUUCAUCAAAGUUGGGUUCCGGUAACCUGUCUUUUUUGUUUGCGUCCGGCUUUAGACCUCUAUAAAAAUGAUGGUGAAUAGCAGGAAUAGUGCCGUCUUUGCAGAUUUUCGCCAAAUCUGCAUAUUUUGCAUUCGUAAUGGAUAAAGUAUCUUGGUAAGCCUUUUCUGGCUGCUCUUUUUUUUGGUGUCGUCCCUUGUUUCUUUUGAAUUUUUGUUCCAAAAAGGAGGGCUCUUUAAAACUAGUUUUAAGGAAAGUCGUGCAUAAUGAAGCCAGCAAACAUUUCGCCAAAGAAUUUUAAUUUUUAAAAUUGAAUACGACUUAAAAUCGAAAAUAAACAAGUUAUUGACGCUGAAAGGUUUUGGAUUUAUGCGUGCGUCUCUUAUCAGCUGUACCCAUCCUUCAGGUACAUACAAGGAACAAAUUUUGAUUUUUGUUUUUUUUUUUUUUCGAUUUUGGAAUGGAUCGAAUCGCAUUCCAUCUCUGUAUGUCCUGUUUCAAAAAACUUGUGAUCUAUUGUUUUCAAGAGUUGGAUGACACAUUGACGCAAAAAUUGAAUUUUUUUAUCGCCCUCCGCAGCCGUCGGACAUCAAACAGACAACACCAAUUGUAGGAUGGUUCAUGAUAUACAUAAAGAUGCAAGUGGAUAUUUCAUUUGUCCCACGAUUUCCUUGAGUGUCGUCCCAUAAAUACCAAUUGGAAGUGUUACAAAUGAUUUGCCUAAAAAAACGAAAAUGCAAAUAUUGUUCUUAAAGUAGUUUUGAAAAAUCCCAGGAUGGUGAAUCAUUUAACUGUGUGUCUUUUAUGACCAAGGUCAACUACUUUUCCGCUCAUGUCCGUCGGACUAGUCCAAAAAUUACUUUUCAUGAAAAGUCCCAUCACUAUUUUUUUAUAUUACCCAAAAAUAAGAAACUAAAAUAUUCACUUACAUAAUUCAAUUUUUCCAUAACUUCAAUUCUAAUCCACAACAUACACAGUCCUAAGUCGAGAAAAUAAAAUCAUUGUGCUCAAAGCACAAAAUAUUACUAAUAACAUGUGUAGGGGAGAUCAGAGAGCAUUCGGGCACUUAUUUUUUUUGCGAUAAAUAAUAUAUAUUCCUAUAUAAUUAAUAAACAAUAACCUAAGUAUUAUAUAGGUUAUUUAGAUAAAAUAUUGGUAUACUGAGCAAAAAAAAAUAGUUUUGGUGACUUGGGGCAUUUGGCCGAAUGCUCCGCAUACCAAGGGAGCAUUCGGCCAGCGCAUAGGGAGCAUUCGGCCAAAGCUAAAAACUGAUACUUCUAUGGGAAUAACCAAAGAGUGACAACUAAUUUUACACAAUAAAUUUAUUCGCAAAUACUUCAAACUUUAAUGCAUCGCAAACAAAAAACUGAUUUUUUUUUUUUUUCGAAAAUGAAACAAAAAUAUUGCGAAAUUUAACACAACACAAACAAAAAGCAGAAUUACAACCAAAAACCCAAAAUUGUAAUUAAAGUGAUAUGAGGCUGUUCUCGCAGUUCCAGCAUUCAAAUAGGGUACAAUUUUGCCAAUGACAUCAUUAAUAUCUAUUUCUGUUAUAUCGUCAAUGGGAGGAAAGUCCUUUUCGUCUUAGAAAUUCAACACGUGUCAUUUUUUCGUUUUUAUGUCUAACAAAAUGGUUAAAAGAACUACGAACAUUAAAUUUUACAAGAACAAAGUCUACUUCACUUAAUUUCUUCAAUAUUUUUAAAUUCUUCAUCAACAUCUUCGUUUGCAUUAUCAUGAACUGAUGAGAAGUCACGUAUAUGAUGAGUCGGAGCAAUUUAGUUGAUCCAAUUUAACUUUCUUUAUUGGCUGUCUAUUGACAUUCUCUUUUGGAUCAUUAUUAUAAAACAGAUCUCGUUUUGGGCACUUAUCUUUUUUUCUUUGCUUUCCCGCUCUUUUUCCUCAAGUCUAUCUUUUUCAGGAGUAUCAGUAUAACACCUUGAAAGGACAGGUUCUCUUUUACGUUUGCUCUCUAUUUUAACUGCUUUAGGGUAAGGUUUGACAGAUUCGGGCGUUAUCUUGACAGUUUGGUUUGAAUUUUUUUGCAAGGAAAAUACCACUGCACGACAGCGACGGCGAGAUGGUUGUGACGUUCAGUAUAUUAGUCUUUGGAUUAUUUUGUUUAUUUCUGUUUUACAGUGUUUUGAGAGGUACAUUUUCAAUAUCGUCGUCUUCUUCUAGUAAUGAUUCCUCUUUACUUCCGUACUCUUUCUCGAUCCUGAAGGGUUUUCGCUUCUUUGUUUUCAUUGUCCAAAUCUUCUUUGUUUACAUUGUCCAAAACUUCUUUGUUUUCAUUUUCCGGAAUUUCUUCAGAUUUUGUAAUCUAAAGGCUGCAUCCCGUAAGUUGUGUGCUGCAAAAAACUUAAAUGAACUAUCCCAUUUUCUUUGCAAAACUUGACACUUGCAAUAUUCAUAUGUGACUCAUGAUUGUCAAUAAGUAGCAAAAUAGGGUUAGCUAUAGUGCAAUAUGUAGGAGUUGCUAUAUGCUUUAGCACACUGGGAAACAGUUCUGCGGUCAUCCAUCCACUUUUAUUUCCAAGAGCUAAACUUGAAUUUAGGGCAUCAUGCAUGAAGUCGUCGAUAUUUCUUAUCUUAGGGAACACAUACACAGGUGGAAUGCGUUGGCCUGCAGCAUUAAAAAUACCAACAAAGGUCACUAGCUCCUCCCUUUCUGCUGAUACCUCUUGGGAUACCUGCUUUUUACCGGUAGUUGUUACAACUUUUACUGGGUUCAUUACUGUUCUUACUCCUGUUUCAUCAAGGUUGUAUAUUCGCUCAGCAGGAAAUUUAUAACAGUCAUAAAUCUUCUUAAGGUUAUCAAAACAUUAAAAAAUUGUUGAACCCUAAACUUAUUAAGAGCCAUACUGCGACUUAAGCUCGUGCUUUCCGGUUUCAUUAAAGAAAGCGAUUUAUGCCUCUUUCCAUGAAACCCCUUCUCCAUCCCUCCUUAGCCUGUUUUGAUUCGUGCCAUUCCCUGGGAACCUGGCAAUGUGGUAGAGCACUAGCAUAGUCGUAAGCUAAUUUUUGGACCUUAACGUAGGUCAGCCCAUAGUUAAUAUCCGAACAUUUUUAAAUAUAUUUUUCCAACUUUUCUUCUUCCUCCAUGGUGAAAACUUGAUAUAUUUACUGGAGUAUUUUGGUGAAUCGUCAACUGGUUCGCUGACAUUUCCUGUCAUCUUGGUUCUGAAAGUUUUGCCUUAAAUAUUCUUCCUUAGUUUUUUGGAUAAAAUUUUCUUCACUAGACUUUGAAGGGUGGAUCUUUUGAUAUUAUUUACCCUUUCACCUUCUCUUUCGGAGCAGGUACCAUCAAAAUAGCAUAUAAUGGCCCGUUUAACAGCUGCCUCGUCAAUUGAAUUUCUCUCAGUUUUUAAAAUACGUUUUCGUGGCAUCUGAAAAAUAAAUAAUCCAGAGAGCAUUCGUCCACCUGUCGAAUGCACCCCAGGUACGUGUGGACGAAUGCUACCAAAAAAAUUAAAAUGAUGCCAUUUAAAAAACGACAAUUUUUUAGGUUAGAAAUCGAUAAGAUUUCAAAGAAUGCAACUGUUAUAAAAUUUCUUACCUUAGAGCUCGUUUUUCUUGUUAAAUUUAUAAAAUUCGGCUCCUCCACUAAUCACCACUCAAACACACUUCAGGUUG